GGAGACGAGAGGAUCCGGGGGCAGAGGACGAGGCUGACGAGAGACGGGGGAGGAAGAGGACGAACAGGCAGCAGACGAGAGGGCGUGUGUGGUAGAGCUUCCAGAUUGCGCUAUAUCUUCAAUCCAAGCAUUUGCGCGCAGGUCUCUCAAGCCCCGACCCCGAGGUUGCGGGAUCAUCUCAAGGUCUCCUGCUUAGACGCUUGUCUAGAAGACUUGGAUUGCCAGGAGCAAGAAUGCUAACGAAGAUUAAAAUCUCAGUCAGAACGCAGCAUUGAUGCGUACGAGAAGAUAGCGGAGUCUUCCGGGAAAUUGAAUCCUGAGCAGGAUUUCAGGAACCAAGGAAGCAGUCUGCUGAACGACCACUCGCUACAUUGAAUCAUGUCACCUGCGGCGUUGCUUUGCCCAUCAGGGACUGUCCAGUCCCUCUGCCAAACCACUGCAAGCGCGUCCAAGAUAUGGCAGGCGAAAAGGUCAGUGUCUUCCGGUUCUGGACUGCGUAGAGCAUCCGCAGAAUCCCAAAUUGAGGGUGCUUCUUUGAAGUCAUCCCUGCCCUCAUCUGUCUAUGAAAGCAGGAGAAGAGUAGGCGUAAGACAUGUAGCUAGAAGUGGUUCGUCUAGGCGCGUCUUUACUGCAGCAGUAGAAGGGAGCGUAGCAGUAGAGGAGCCAUCCACCGAGGCCGAGGUAGUCGAGACUCCAGAAUCCACGACCACAGAGGCUGUUGCAGAGCCGGAGCAGGAUUCAACACCCGCAGCUGCUCCACAGAGAAGAGGUGGUAAAUCGAAGCCGAGAGGGAAUGCAAGGUCAAAGAGAGAGGAUGCUACCGUGCCCGUCGAGGCUUUAGUGCAAGGUGCUGUAUUCACAGGGAAGGUCACCACAAUUCAACCCUUCGGAGCUUUCGUGAAUUUCGGAGCUUUCACUGAUGGGCUUGUGCACAUCUCAAAAUUGAGUUCUGGUUACGUGAGCAAUGUGGGUGACAUCGUCUCGGUAGGUCAAGAGGUACAGGUCACUGUCAUCGAUGUGGAUAAUACCGCUGGGCGAAUUGCUCUUUCCAUGGCCGAGAAGGAAGAAAGGACUGAGGGUUCUGGCAGGCAAGGUGGAGAAGUUGGGGGAGACAAGAGCCGACUCCAGGAGGGAAAUGGUGGAAGGCCUGUGAACAAGGGUAAAAGUGCUGGCAGGGGCAACCAAUCAAACCGUCGUGAUGAACCGAAGAAGCCUCAGACGAAAUUGGUCAAGGGUCAAGUUGUGGAGGGUACGGUGAAGAACACCGCUAGAGGAGGAGUUUAUGUCAUCCUUCCGGAAGAAGAAGAGGCUUUCUUGAAGUACUCUGAGGUCCCUGGGGGAGAGAACAUGGCACCCGAAUCCGGUCUGCAAGCUGGGCAGAAAAUUACGGCCACUGUUUUGCGUAUCGACCGAGGGAAGAUCACAUUGUCUAUGAAGCCUGUUGUUGACAUCAAGAGUGUGAACAGCUCUAUCAACAAGGGUGCAGGUGGUGGUGCCACCAACCCAUUUGAGAUUGCUUUCCGGGCCAUGGAUUUGAUUCCCGAACCCGUAGUAGAGCCUCCAGUCGAAGAAACGGUCGAAGAGGCGCCAGCUGCUGAGACUGAACAAUCCAACACUGCCGCGGUCGCCGAUGUUGCCGAGGAGAUAACCGAAGAUAUGGAAUCAGUGCAGAUCAAUGAGAAAUCAGAACAAGUAGCUCCCAUUGUGGAUGAUCCUACACCUGCACCGCCCGCCGCUGAAUUGAGUGAGGAGACAAAACCUGAAGAAGUCCCUGCUGAAGUCACGGCUGAAGUACCCGCUCCCGAGAUUGUCGAGGAGGAGGUCGAGGAGGUUGUAGAAACCCCAGCUGCUGAAGCUGCUGUUUCAGCACCAGUAGAAGAGAGUGCUGAGGAGAUUACAGAAACCCCCGCUGCUGAAGCUGCCAUUCCAUCACCAGUGGAAGAGAAGGCUGAGGAGGUGGUGGAAGCCCCCCCUGCUGAAGCUGCCAUUGGAGCACCGGCAGAAGAAAAGGUCGAGGAGGUGACAGAAACCCCCGCAGCCGAAGCUGCCAUUCCAGCACCAGUAGAAGAGAAGGUUGAGGAGGUGGUAGAAACCCCCGCUGCCGAAGCUGCCAUUCCAUCACCUGUGGAAGAGAAGGCUGAGGAGGUGGUAGCAACCCCCGCUGCUGAAGCUGCCAUUCCAGCAGCAGCAGAGGAAGUGAAAGUCGAGGAGGUGGUAGAAACCCCCGCGGCCGAAGCUGCCAUUCCAGCAGCAGCAGAGGAAGAGAAGGUCGAGGAGGUGGUAGAAACUCCCGCGGCCGAAACUGCCAUUCCAUCACCAGUGGAAGAGAAGGUUGAGGAGGUGAUAGAAACUCCCGCUGUUGAAGCUGCCAUUCCAGCAUCAGUAGAAGAGAAGGUGGAGGACGUGGUAGAAACCCCCGCUGCUGAGGCUGCCAUUCCAGCACCAGUCGAAGAGAAGGUUGAAGAGGUGAUAGAAACCCCCGCUGCUGAAGCUUCCAUCCCAGAAGCAGUGGAAGAGAAGGUCGAGGAGGUUACAGAAACCCCCGCUGCUGAAGCUGCCAUCCCAGAAGCAGUGGAAGAGAAGGUCGAGGAGGUGAUAGAAACCCCCGCUGCUGCCGCUGCCAUUCCAGCACCAGUAGAAGAGAAAGUCGAAGAGGUUAUAGAUACCCCUGUUGCUGAAGCUGCCAUUCCAACACCAGUAGAAGAGAAGGUGGAGGAGGUGAUAGAAACCCCCGCUGCCGAAGCUGCCAUUCCAGCACCGGUAGAAGAGAAGGUUGAGGAGGUGGUAGAACCCCCCGCUGCUGAAGCUGCCACUCCAGCACCAGUAGAAGAGAAGGUCGAAGAAUUGGUACAAACCCCUGAAGCCGCCAUUCCAGAAGCAGUGGAAGAGAAGGUGGAGGAGGUGGUAGAAACCCCCGCUGCUGAAGCUGCCAUCCCAUCACCUGUGGAAGAGAAGGUCGAGGAGGCGGUAGAAACCCCCGCUGCUGAAGCUGUCAUUCCAGAGACCGUGGAAGAGAAGGUCGAAGAGGUGACAGAAACCCCUGCUGUCGAAGCUGCAAGCCCUGCACCCGUAGAGGAGCAGACCAAGGAGCUUGAAGCUCCCAAGCAAGAAGUGACUGCAUCUGCUGCAGCUGUCGAAGAGAAGAAAGGAGGAAUCUCUGCUGCACUCGUCAAGAAGCUACGUGACGAAACUGGAGCCGGCAUGAUGGACUGCAAAAAGGCUCUUACUGAAUGUAAGGGUGACUUCGAUUCAGCACGUGAUGCCCUAAGGAAAAAGGGACUCGCUAGUGCAGAUAAGAAGGCCAGCAGAAUUGCUUCUGAGGGUCUCAUUGGCAGUUACAUCCAUGACUCCCGAAUUGGUGUUCUCGUCGAAGUGAACUGCGAGACUGAUUUCGUGGCGAGAGGACCAGUGUUCAAGCAGCUGGUUAGCGACAUUGGAAUGCAAGUGGUUGCCUGCCCACAGGUCAAGUACGUCGCCGUCGAGGAUAUUCCUGCAGAGAUUGUGAACAAGGAGACGGAGCUCGAGAUGCAGAGAGAGGAUCUGGUUAACAAACCCGAAGCUGUGCGGGCCAAGAUUGUAGAGGGAAGAGUGUCCAAGAGAAUGAAUGAGUCCGUGCUGCUUGAGCAGCCAUACAUUCGUGAUGAUUCCAUCCUGGUGAAGGACUUGGUCAAGCAGACAGUUGCUACUGUGGGAGAGAACAUUAAAGUUCGCAGGUUCGAACGGUACACUUUGGGCGAGGGUCUGGACAAGAAGAGCGAAGACUUUGCUGCCGAGGUCGCUGCUCAAACUGCCCAAACAGUUGAAGCUCCCAAGGUAGAAGAGAAACCAGCAAAAGUUGAUUCUGUUGAGGAAGCCUCACCCAAAGUGGCAGUGUCUGCAGGAGCUGUUGAGGAAGCCUCACCCAAAGUGGCAGUGUCUGCAGGAGCAGUCAAGGAGCUGAGAAAUUCAACCGGAGCGGGAAUGAUGGACUGCAAGAAGGCCCUUGCAGCCACUGGAAAUGAUAUGGAGAAGGCCGUGGAAUUUUUGCGCAAGAAAGGCCUCGCCAGUGCCGACAAGAAGGCAAGCCGUCUGGCCUCAGAAGGUCUGGUUGGGAGCUAUGUUCACAACGGAGUCAUUGGAGUGAUGGUGGAGAUUAACUGUGAGACUGACUUUGUAGCCAGGUCCGAGAAGUUCAAGGAGCUUGUCAACAAUGUUGCCAUGCAAAUCGCUGCGUGCCCUUUAGUUACUGCUGUUAGUAUCGAAGACGUGCCCGCUUCAUUCGUGGAAGAGGAGAGGGCCAUCGAACUAGGAAAAGAGGACUUGGCCAACAAGCCCGAAGCUGUCCGUGCCAGGAUCGUCGAAGGACGGUUGAACAAAAGGCUGUCUGAGCUCGCUUUGUUGGAGCAGCCUUUUAUCAAGGACGACACGAAAUUAAUGAAGGAUGUUAUUAAGGAGACCGUCGCUGCUUUGGGCGAAAACAUUCAAGUCAGAAGGUUCUGCCGGUUUAACCUGGGCGAGGGCAUUGAGAAGAAAGUCGUAGACUUCGCUGCCGAAGUUGCCGCCCAAACCGGACAGACAUCGUAGACGAAGCUGUAGCACAUCUUGCAAAGACGGAGCUUGCACAUUCCCUUCAGCACUCUGUCUUUCACUUGUAGACCUAUCAUUCUUUCACAGACCUUGUAGACUGCAGUCUGACUUCGAUAUAAAAGAAAUCACCUCUGGAAGUGAACACAAACCACCAGCUGUGAGAAUUAGAGGCACAUAUCGGCCAUAGUUAGUCAUUACCGAACCGUUCUGGUUCUUAUAAAUUUAACUUUUCU